ACCGGAAGACAGAACGGGCUACGUGUCAGGGAAAAGGAGAAUACAGCUAAAUGGGCGAAGGCGAUCAGGCCGCCUGAGUUAACUUGUCUGGAAUAUUUGAGUUGUUUUAAUUGUUGGUUUGGGGUUAAUUUUUGCCACGGCAUUGACAUUGCGACUUGUAUUCUUGUCAAGUGACGAUGUUAACAAAAUUUGAGACGAAGUCGGCCCGUGUCAAAGGCCUAAGUUUCCAUCCGAAGAGACCAUGGGUUCUUGCAAGUUUGCACAACGGAGUCAUCCAGCUGUGGGACUAUCGCAUGUGCACGCUGAUUGACAAGUUUGACGAGCAUGAUGGUCCCGUCAGAGGAAUUGAUUUCCACAAACAGCAGCCUCUGUUUGUGUCUGGAGGAGAUGAUUACAAAAUCAAGGUGUGGAACUACAAGUUGAGACGCUGCCUCUUCACUCUCCUUGGACACCUUGACUACAUCAGAACCACCUUCUUCCACCAUGAGUACCCCUGGAUUCUGAGCGCCUCAGAUGACCAGACUAUUCGCAUCUGGAACUGGCAGUCCAGGACCUGCGUCUGUGUGCUCACCGGCCAUAAUCACUAUGUGAUGUGCGCCCAGUUCCACCCAGCUGAGGACCUGGUGGUGUCGGCCAGUCUGGACCAGACCGUGCGCGUGUGGGAUAUUUCCGGUCUGAGGAAGAAGAACCUGUCUCCAGGCUCUGUGGAGACGGACGUGCGCGGCAUCUCUGGCGUCGACUUGUUCGGUGCCUCGGAUGCUGUUAUUCGGAUGCAUAUACCUUGA